GUAAAGGAGAAUUCUGAUUGGUCAGCGGUCACCGCGCGCACUGUUUCCAGGAAGUCUCUCAGUAAAGAGCCAAAAUAUUAGAAGAAGAAGAAGCAAAUGUCGGAGCAGCAGUUGUAAUGGUUUAGUUAGGAGUGUGUACUCUCUCGUGCUGAUGUGCUGUGAGUGUGAGUGUGAGCUGACAGCACUAAAGACGGCUGCUAAAGACGGCUAAUCUAGCUAGCAAGGAGCUACAGAUAGAGCCAUAAGGAAGGUUUCUGAGUUCUGAGGUUGCUCUGAGUCCAAAGUUUUGACGAUGCGAGCUUUCCGACAAGUGGGAGAGAAGCAGCUCCCCAACCCUGUCCUCUACAUGGCCUGGUCUCCAAAGAGGGAUCUCAUAGCCCUGGCCAACACUGCAGGCGAGCUUCUGCUGCAUCGGCUUGCGAAUUUUCAGCGUGUUUGGAGUUUAGCGCCCAACGAAAACACAGGAAAAGAGAUCACUUCCUUGGCCUGGAGGCCUGAUGGCAAAAUCUUGGCGUUCAGUGUAGGCGACACCAAGCAGGUUGUCCUGUGUGAUGCUGAGAAGGCGGAGAUCCUCCACCUGUUUCCUGUCGACUGCCCUGUGUCCUGCAUGCACUGGAUGGAAGUGCAGAGUGACAGCAACUCACUGUCUUCAUCCACCGAUUCGGAGGACGAGUCCAACCGUUUCCUCCCCAAGCUACCGACGUUACCCAAGAGCUACAGCUCAUCGUCAAAGAUAUUUAGCGAAGAGAAAUCUGAUGAAGUCACUAACCUGCUGGGGGAAGUCAGGUUCAAUAUCCUGGUCGUAGGCGGGCCGUCUGGUUUUGUUGAACUUUAUGCGUAUGGCCUGUAUAAGAUAGCCACACUAAAAGGGAUCACCGGAACUUGCCGUAGUCUCUGUCUGUCCAGUGACCUCAAAUCUCUCUCAGUCAUAACGGAAAUAAGGUCCACAAACAGGAACUCUGAGAUCCAGUACGUCCAGUUGGACACCGGACUGCUGUCCUCGUGUCUUCCAGAGCUAACGAGGAUGGCCCGCAAAUUCACACACAUCUCCACCCUGAUACAGUACCUGCGUCUGUCUCUCACCUGUAUGUGCGAGGCCUGGGAGGACAUCCUCAUGCAGAUGGAUCUCCGCCUCACCAAAUUCGUCCAGGAAAAGAAUACAAGUACUCAGGUUCAAGAUGAGUUCUUGGAGCUGUUGCUAUGGGGACAUGCCAGCCCUGAAUUGCAAGCUCUUCUCAUGAACCAGCUGACAGUCAAAGGCUUGAAGAUGUUGGGCCAGUCCAUCGAGUCAUCCUACUCGAGCAUCCAGAAACUGGUUAUCAGUCACUUACAGAGUGGUUCAGAAGCUUUGCUGUAUCAUCUGAGUGAGGUAAAAGGCAUGGCUUUGUGGAAGCAGAAGUUUCAGCCUCUUGGUCUGGACCCUGCAGCUAUAGAGGAUGCCAUCACAGCAGUAGGCUCCUUCACACUAAAGGCUAGCGAACUCUUACAAGUGAUUGAUAAAAGUAUGAAGAAUUUUAAGGCCUUUUUCCGAUGGCUCUACGUCGCAAUGCUUCGCAUGUCAGAAGAUCACGUCCCAGCCGAGCUAAAUAAGAUGACUCAGAAGGACUUGGCGUUUGUUGCUGAUUUCCUGUCUGAGCAUUUUAGUGCUAAUGAGGAGCUGUUUGAUCGGAAAGGGAAGUACUUCAACGUGGAACGAGUGGGACAGUAUCUGAAAGAUGAAGAUGAAGACUUGGUGUCUCCCCCAAAUAUGGAAGGCAAUCACUGGGUGACAUUUGUUCAGCAGAGCACACACCUGAAAGAGAGCCCACUGCUGUUUCCCACCUACCCUCAAAAGUCUCUGCACUUCGUGAAGAGGUUGAUGGAGGGCUCCAUUGACCUCUGUCUGCAAAAACCAGCAGAGGUGAUAGGGAGUUCAGUGAAGCAGGCUGUGUGUUUGCGGCUGUACUCGGUGCCUGAGAGUUCUGAGAACACACCACGGCUGUUUGAGCUUCCGUCACUAUGGAAUGAUAAAAAUGCUGGUAUGCACUAUGUAGUUUUCUGUAUGCCAGAGAUGUCAGCUUCCAAAAUCUGCAUCCUGAGGAGGGCAUCAGACCCAAACAGCUCUGUCCAAAAUGGCUUAGUAGCUGUCGACCUAAACACUCCUCUCAACACCAGUGUUGAUGAUGAAGCACCUGUACCUGAGCAUUCUGAUCGCUCCUAUAGUUGCCUUGAUGCCCGUCUCUAUGACGACGAGACGCUGACUGUGGUGUUGCAAGCCCACGAAGAGAACGAGAACAAGCUCCGCCUUCUGGCCCAGCUUCCUCUUGGCCCCGCCCUCAGCUGUGGGGAGGAGUUUAGCUGGGACCCUGCCUUCAGGUUGGACCAGCAGAGCGGUGAGAUCCCUGUACGAGGGCUGAUAUGGGGAAAUAUGAGCCGGGAUCUGGAGAACAUGAAAGCCCAGUUUGUGGCUGUGAAUGGCAUCCGCAAAGUGUCCUGCGUGCUGAGUUCGAACCUGCGUCACGUCCGCGUGUUUGAGAUGGACGUGGAGGACGAGGAGGAGGAAGAGCGAGCUGAUGAGUCACAAGAUAUCAGCUGUGACCAGGAUGGACUGGUGGAAACAUCGACGAAUCGGGGAGCAGAUGGAGAUGGAGGAGAAGUGGAGGCAUGUGAGGAGAUGGGCGACGGGUCAGGAAACAUCUUGGAACAGACUUCAGGGUCAGAUACACUAUGACCUUUGACACUUUGUGCCCAAAUCAGCCAAACACUGUACUUAUAACAAAUCAGCAUCUGACAAGGUAAUGACAGUUUAAGGUCAAAUAAAACAUUUCAUGUAUAUUUGUAAUAAAUGUACAUCUUACUGAAAUGCUGUGUUCACUUCUGAGAAUAAAGUGAUGUUUUUUUGAACAUA